AUGUGUGGCCCAUUCAAGGGCUGUCAGGGCAUUUUGCGCCUCCUGGAGAUAAUCUUCAGCGCUUUAUCUUUCAUUAUCGUCAUCUUCAGAGGACGGAUGGUGAGUCCGUGGGGAGUCUGGUGUGAGUUUGUCUGGUUUUUCUGCAUCGCUGUGCCCCUGGUCCUGACCGUGGUGGAGGCCAAAAAGUGGCACAUCCUCCUGGCUGUCUUCCUCCCCGACUGGACCGACCUGACUUGCGGGCUGACCACCGUGUGUGCUGUGAUGAUCACCUCGGCCACAGUCAUCUUUGCAGCUGUUUUUGUCUGCCUCUCCUGCUUCGUCAACAUCCUGUGUUUCCUCAUCUCCCUGGUCGCCACCGUCUUCUUCCUGAUCGACGGUGUCAUGCAAAAAAAGAUGUUUCCGAGCGGCUACCUGACCAGCCUGCGAGGAGGACUCCGCACAACAGAGGCCUUCAUAACGUGUAUUAUUCUCACUGCUGCCGGUGACCACUUUGUGAAUGGUGAAUGGUCCUUUCGCCCACUCUGGAUGAUAUGCAGCAUCAUCGUGUUUGCUGUUUGCCUCCUGGUUACUGUGGUCAUCAUAGUUCUCCAUCUGCUCAAGCUACUGCAGUGUCUGCUCUCAUUCAAGCUGAGUGUGAUGGAGCUUGUGUUUAACAUCGUGACAGUGCUGUUGUACCUGCUGGCUGUCAUUCUGUGGUCCGUCUUUGGUUACAAGCGCAAAAUGUACAAUCCUUACAUCUGUCAAAAGUGUUCAUUCGUAGAUAUGAAUAUUGUUAACAUUGGAGCCAUUGUCAAUAUUGUCUUUUACAUCGUGGACCUGGUUUUAUCCUUCAGAUCUCUCUAG